AUGUCGCUAAUUGACGAGUCACCUGAACGGAUAUAUGAAUUGAUCAAGGAAACAGUGCCACUUCACCCACUGUUGAUUUCCAAAGCUGUCGCACUUCCAGAUACCGAAGAAGAUGGAUAUUCACCAGUCUAUAGAAGUGGCUACAGCCCAGAUAGAUUGAUUUCAAGGAUGCAUAAUUCGUUGGAUACACUAUACGCCUUGUUUGAGUUUGGUUACAAGUUUUACAAAGACCGUCGUGCUUUUGGUGUGAGACAAAAAUUACCGGAUGGUACUCUUGGUAAAUAUCAAUGGCAAACCUAUAAGACAGUGAGACAAAGACGUAAUAAUUUAGCCUCGGGGGUGUUUUUUGUGUUGGAGAAUAACCCAUACAGGGGUAAUAGCGAGAUCCAUCAAAAUUUGCAAUAUGAUCCUUCGAAGAAGAACAAGUCAUUUGUGUUGACAAUAUUUAGUCCAAACAGAGCUGAAUGGGCGUUAGCUGACAUGGCUUGUAUUGCUUAUUCCAUUACCAACACUGCUUUGUAUGAUACUUUAGGUCCAGCUACAAGUCAAUACAUCUUGGAGCUUACUGAGUCUCCAAUUGUUUUGUGCUCCAAGGAUAAAAUUGAAAGAUUGGUGGCGCUCAAAAAGGCUCACCCUGCCUUGGUUAAUUUGAUUGUUAUUGUUUCCAUGGAUAAGCUUGAUGAUGUGAAAGAUGCUCAUUUGAAACCCCUUGCUGCUGCUAAUAAAAUUGCCUUGUAUGACUACGAUCAAGUUGAGAAACUCGGAGAAACAAACCCUUUAGACCCUAUUCCGCCAACACCAGAUACUAUUUUCACAAUAUCCUUCACUUCUGGAACUACUGGUGCUCAUCCUAAAGGGGUUGUUUUGACUCACGCAAACGCUGUUGCCGCGUCGACAUUUAGAUAUGUCAAAGAUUUCAAGCCCAGUGGCAUCAGGUUGUAUUCUUUUUUACCAAUGGCACACAUUUUUGAAAGAGGUAAUAUUCAGCAAGCUUUGAACAUUGGUGCCGAAAUUGGGUUUCCACUGAGCACUGGCAUUACUUCAUUGUAUGAUGAUGUAAAGGAGUUGCAGCCAUCACCACUCCCAACUGUCCCAAGAAUCUUAUCCAAAUUGUUGGCUGCCGUGAAAGCAGAAACCGUAAACAACACUGAAAAGCCAUGGGUUAAGUAUAUUUACACAAGGGCCAUAAAUGAAAAAUUGAGAAUGCAAGCUCAGCCUAGAGACGAUGAUCUGAACCCGCGUCAUCCAGUGUAUGAUGUAUUCCUUGAUGCUUUGAGAGAAAAGUUUGGGUUAAGGAGCGUGGAGUACAUGGUUACCGGAUCUUCACCCAACAGUCCUGAUACAUUGAAGUUUUUGAAAGCCGCCUUGAAUAUUGGGAUCUCCAAUGGUUAUGGUUCUACGGAAUCUUUCGCUGGUAUUAUGAGGACCAAGAGUUUUGAUCACAAUCCUGGCUCAGUCGGUCCAAUUGGAAUUACAACCGAGUUUAGAUUGAAGGAUUUACCGGAAAUGAACUACACCACAAAGGAUAAAGAGGGUCCUAGAGGUGAACUUCUUUUACGUGGACCACAAAUCUUUAGAGAAUACUACAAGAAUCCUGAAGCAACUGCUGAAGCUUUUGAUGAAGAUGGUUGGUUUCAUACUGGGGACGUUGCACGUGUUGACCCUGAAAACGACAAUCGACUCUUCAUUAUUGACCGUGCCAAAAACUUCUUCAAAUUGGCACAGGGUGAAUUUGUUACUCCGGAAAAGAUUGAAAACGUGUACUUGGCUACAAACCCACACCUUCAACAGCUUUUCGUUCAUGGAAACUCACUUGAAUCGUAUUUGGUGGGAAUUGUUGGAUUAGAUCCUGUUACCAUAGGAAGUUACUUGAAGGAAAAAUUCAAUGAUGAAAUUUGCAAUCAAAAUGAUAUACUUAGACUUUUGAAUGAUCCUGUCAACAAGAAGAAGUUCCUCUUGGACUUGAACGCUGCUGCUAAGGAUGAGUUACAAGGAUUUGAGAAGUUGCACAAUGUUGAAAUCUAUUUUGAACCAUUGACCGUGGAAAGAGAUAUUAUCACACCAACUCAAAAAAUCAAGAGACCUCUUUGUACCAAAUUCUUCCAAGAGAAUUUGAACAGAAUGUACCAAGAAGGAUCUAUUUUGAGAAACGAGAAAUUGUGA